UGUCACAGACUGUCACUGUCAGUGUCCCCAUCGAUGGUUCACAUUUAUAAAACUUAAAAAAAUAUUAUACUAAACAAUUUAAGAAUAAAUUUGUAUUAAAUUGAAGGUCAAAUAAGUAGGCUGAAAAGAUGGGGCAGAUUAUGGGCUCGUAUAAUGCUCGAAAUGUAGACCUUUACAUGGAUGAUAAACCAACUUUUGAUCAUCAAGCUGGUUUUAACUUUGAUCGGAAAGAGAGAGUGAUGGUAGCUAAAGAAGAAGAUCUGAUAUCGGCUAGAAUUCCACCACAGAAUAGGGAUUACUGUGCACACUAUCUGUUAGAAUACCACCAGUGUCGCUAUAAAAAUAUGCCUUUGCUGUAUAAAUGUGCUCAUGAAAAACAUCAUUAUUUGGAAUGUCAGCACCAAGAUUAUGUUUUGCGCAUGAAAGAGUUUGAACGUGAGCGUCGCCUUAGACUACGAGAACAACGCCUAGUUGGUGUAGCCUAAAAAUAUUAUUAAACUGAACAGAACAUUUGUCAUUAUUUAUCAAAGUGUAAAUAGAAUUAAA